AGGCAACUACACAGUUAUCCGAAACCAGGAACUGUAACGCCACUGCAUCUUCCGAAUCAAUUCUGAGCUAAAAAUAGAGAAAUACCCAUCUCGAUUACUCCAAAGAAGAAGAUGAGGCCAGGACAUCUCGCAUGGAGUCCUCACCUCCACCUUCUCUCUCUCCCCACCAAACGACUCAUUCCGGUCCCCGCAGCCGUAGAGUCCUCCGUCAACGAGCAGUCCCUUUUAACAGCCAGAGAGAGAAGGCAGCUGAGGAACGAGAGGAGGGAGAGCAAGCCCGGCACCAACUGGAAAGAAGAGGUGGAGAACAUGCUUGCAGAGAAGCCCAAGGAAAAGAAAGUUCCGUGGAGGGAGAAGCUCAAUCUGGACAAGCUCGCUCUGCUGGGCCCCCAGUGGUGGAUCGUUAGGGUUUCCAGGGGUUCUGCCCAGUACAUUUCUGGAGUCCUCGCUGGAUCGCUCGCACGAAAGUUCCCUGAUGUGGAUUUCAAGGUCUAUUUUCCUUCUGUAAAUGAGACAAGGAAACUAAAAAAUGGAUCUCUCUCAGUUAAAUCAAAAGCUCUUUAUCCUGGCUCUGUGUUUCUGAGGUGUGUAUUGAACACGGAGAUACAUGACUUUGUUCGUGAAUGUCGCGGGGUUGGAGGCUUUGUUGCAAACAAGGUCGGAAAUACGAAAAUGCAGAUUAACAAACCCAAGCCGUUACCUGCUGUUGAGAUGGAAGCAAUUUUCCGACAAGAAAAGGAUGAACAGGAAAAAGCUGACGAAGCUUUCAAAGAAGAGCAGCAAAGGGAAGAAACCCUUAACCCUGAGAAAAUAAAUUUAGUUUACACAGACUCUCGAUUAACAUCCGGAGAAUCUACAGAGCCAAUUAUAGAAUCCAAGCCAAAACGGCGAUCUAGAAAAACUUCACGGUCUGUAGGUGAUCAGUUAACAAAGGAAGGCGAUAAGCUGCUUAGACCAGGUUCGACUGUCAGAGUUGUAUCUGGGACAUUUACAGACUUUGCAGGUGUCCUUGAGAAACUUGAUCGUAAGACAAAAAGGGCGACUGUUGGACUUGCCUUGUUUGGGAAACAGACAUUAGUAGACCUAGAUGUCAAUGAAAUUGUUUUGGAGACCAAGUAAUGUAUAUCUUUUCUCUGCUGAUGAUUAUUUAAAGUGUAAGUUACCAUUCUUGCUAAUUCAUUUUAUAUUUACAAAUGAUGAAGAGUUUCAAGUUUAA